AUGACAGAGUGCGCGAAAGGCUUUUUCGUUCUGCUGCUUUUAUACGAGAACCUCAACUUUGGGUGUCUCCUCAGGUGCUAUUCUUGUUCGCUCGAGUAUGCUGAAGAUUAUGAUGAAGGCAGUCGAGACGCGCUAUGUGGAGACAAAUCAUUUUUGGGGCUUGGUCCAGACGAGACGGUGAGGACUUGUGCCCCAUGGGAGACUAUAUGCGUGACAACUUUGCAAACACUUCACAAUACGAUCGCAAAAGUGGAACGUGGGUGCGCUGAAGAAUGUCCAAAUGGAUGCGAAUUUACUGGUUAUGGACCGAGUCAGGUAGAAUGCACAGACUGCUGCGAGGAUGAUUUAUGCAAUGGACGCUUCUCACUAAGCUAUUACUACAAAGUGAUGAGGCAACAGUAUGGUUCAUGGUUUACGCCCGUGAAUGGAGAGAUUGAAUGGAAUAAAGAGCAAAACUUGAUUUUCCGCUACUAG